UAUUAAUAAAUAAAGUCAUCACCUCCAUGGGAGUCUACUCUCAUUGCAACUUCUAUUAAGUUAAAAACUCUGUGAAUGAUCAAGUAUUCAGUGUAGUAUUUAUAUACCUCUUAUUUCAGGAUCUGUUGACAUUCAGAGAUGUGGCCAUUGAUUUCACUGAAGAGGAGUGGGCAUGCCUUCAGCCAGCUCAACAGAACUUAUAUCGAGAUGUAAUGCUCGAGAAUUACAGAAACUUGGUCUUCCUGAAUCUCUGUGUCUUGGGAGACAGAAACCAGUUUUCACACAGUCCUCAAAUAAGUCAGAAAUGUUUGUCAAUGACAUGUCAAGAUACCCAAGAAUUUUCACCAGACCAGGGCAUAAGACAUAUAUUUCAAAAAGUGAUUAAUUUAAAAUAUGGAAAUUGUGACCUUGACAAUUCACAACAGAGGACAUUAUGGAAAACUUUAAGUGAGAGUGAACACCACAAAUCAUAUUAUCAGAAAUCAGACCUAGUUCACUGGCAGAGAAUUUAUACUGUAGAGAAGUGCUACAAAUGUAUAGCAUAUGACAAAGGUUUUAAUGAAAAAUUACACCUUAUUUGCCAUCGGAGUAUUCUUCUGGGAGAGAAACCCUAUCAAUGUAAAGAAUGUGGCAAAAAUUUUAAUUGCAGGUCCCACCUUACUCAACACCAGAGAAUUCAUAUUGGGGAGAAGCUCUGCCAAUUUAAAGAAUGUGACAAAACUUUUAAUGCAAAAUCAAGCCUUAGUCACCAUCUAAGAAUUCAUACAGGAGAGAAGCCUUACAAAUGUACAGAGUGCAACAGAGUUUUUCUUAAAAAGUCAUACCUUACUCAACACCAGAUAAUUCAUACUGGAGAGAAACCCUACAACUGUACAACAUGCAACAAACAUUUUCAUAAAAAAUCAAACCUUAUUGGCCUUAAGAGAAUUCAUACUGGAGAGAAGCCAUAUAAACGUAAAGAAUGUGGCAAAGAUUUUAAUGCUAAAUCAAGCCUUGUUCAUCACCAGAGAAUUCAUACUGAAGAGAAGCCUUACAAAUGUGUAGUAUGCAACAAAGGUUUUAAUGAAAAAUCAAACCUGAUUCGCCACCAGAGAAUUCAUACUGGAGAGAAGCCCUAUAAGUGUACAAUAUGCAACAAACCUUUCUGUAGAAAAUCAAGCCUCAUUUGCCAUCAGAUGGUUCAUACUGGAGAGAAGCACUACCAAUGUAAAGAAUGUGGCAAAGCUUUUAAUUGGAGGUCAAGCCUCACUCAUCACGAGAGAAUUCAUACUGGAGAGAAGCCAUACAAGUGUAAAGAAUGUGGCAAAGCUUUUAAUCGGAGGUCACGCCUUACUGAACACCAGAGAAUUCAUACUGGAGAAAAGCCACACAAAUGUAAAGAAUGUGGCAAAGCUUUUAAUUGGAGGUCACACCUUACUGAACACCAGAGAAUUCAUACUGGAGAAAAGCCACACAAAUGUAAAGAAUGUGGCAAAGCUUUUAAUCAGAGUUCACACCUUACUCAACAUCAGAGAAUUCAUACUGGAGAAAAGCCAUACAAGUGUAAAGAAUGUGGCAAAGCUUUUAUUGUAAAAUCAACCCUUAUUCUCCACCAGAGAAUUCAUACUGGAGAGAAGCCCUAUGAAUGUAAAGAAUGUGGCAAAGCCUUUAAUCAGAAUUCACACCUUACUCGACACCAGAGAAUUCAUACUGGAGAGAAACCAUAUCAAUGUAAAGAAUGUGGCAAAGCUUUUAAUGCACAAUCAAGACUUAUUCGACACCAUGCAAUUCAUAGUUGAGACAAACCCUACAAAUUUACAGAAUAUGACAAAGCCCUUAUUUGACCAUCAUACCUUAUUCAAUACCAGUAAAUUCAUACUGGUGAGAAACUUUAAGAAUGUGCAGACUGUGGUGUAAGUUUUAAUAAAAAAGAAUGCCAAAUUCACCAACAGGGAAAUCAUACUGGAGAGAAACCCUACAAAUGCAAAACUAUGACAAAACUUUUAAUGAAAAAGUGUGCAUUUCUUACUAGCAGAUAAAUCAUACUGGAAAAAAGGUCUAUAAAUAAAAAGAA